AUGAAUAGUCUAGACAGUUCUGGCACGUUGGCGGCUGACUGCACCUUGGCUUGUCGAGCAAACAACGAACUAUCAGAUACAUCUUCAUCAAUUCCUGUCGUUAUUUUUACUCCUUCCAUGGUCUCUGAACCCGAAGCCAUGGCACUGCGUGAGCAAGAGAUGGAGGCUUUGCAGGAGAGCGCGGCGACUCAGACGUGCAACACACCACCGCAAGAUGACGAAAAACAUACUUUGGGUGUUGGAGCAACGGCAGAAGACGUAAAGGUGGAAGGUGUAGUUAGCAAGAAGACACCUCGUAAGGGUAGGCCGUUGCACAAAUCCAAACGUCAAGUGGACGACAGCUCCGCAUCCGAGGCUAGCGGCAACGAGAGCUCAAGCAAUUCCGACCAAAGUAGCGAAGAUGAGAAACUCAAGGCGAAAAAGCGGCUGAGGAAGAUCAAAGCGGCGAUUGCACAAGCAGAAUCCAGGAAAAGGAGGAAGCAGAAGCAAAAGGAGAAACUAAAGGAGAGAAUGAGGAGCAAAAAGCACGAAUCAACCGACGAAGACGAGAGCUCGGCCGACUCUUCUGAAUUCGAAUCCGAUUCUGAUUCAGAAGACGCAGUGGCAGCCACCAAAAGCCAACGCAGAGCCCGACGAACUAAGGUCGAGCGUAAGAAGAGCAGGCGUGUGCAAAAAUCGAGCGACACCGACUCCGACUCGGAAGCUCUAUCAGCAGAGUCUAGUAGUGACUUGGGCACAGAGGACCAAAGUGCCAAACGGAAAAAGGCAAGGACAAAGGCAAAGCAGAGCAGUAGGAAAACGAAGAAGAAGCUUGACAAAUACUCGUCAUCUUCGGAAUCACUCUCUAGCGACGACGAGGCCAUCCCAUUGCCCGGUCCCCCACCAGACGUUCGUGUGAUAGAAGAUGAUCUCGAAGCGCAAGUGGCGACAAUCAGUGGCCUUUUGCAUCGCCUCCAGGCAAGGCAGGCUUGUGUAGACGCGGCGGCUGUGCCAAUCCCCAAAGUGGAGAAAACAGUGGGCAAAAAGGGGCUAGAGUUCAAGCGGGUGGAUCAGAUAUUUGACAUGCAGAUCCACGACUGGAAGCUUGUCGAAAGCAGCAGUGAUCAGAAGGGUGAGUUUGACUGCAUAUUCACGGUGCGGCGGCGUCUCGACUGGCUAGGCAAGUAUAUCGAAACUCGGGUGGACAUCAAAUCGAAGACUCUACGGAACACUCUCCAAGAUGUAUUGAAGGACUGCAAAAGCAUUAGUCUUGUCGAGGAUACGCCCCAGUUGGAUCCUCGCACACUGUUCCACUAUUACGACGAGUUGAAGACGCAUGUCAAGAAGACACUGAAGCGGCAGCUUGGAAAGGCCAAGAGGUCGAAGGAGCGGAAGCGGCUCAAGCAGCAGGUUGCACAGUGCAAGCUGCUGCUCAGCUAUGUGGACGAGGACUUUGGCGCUACUCGCAAAGCUCUAAAGCCCAUGGUCAAAGCAGGCACUAUUACGUACGAUCUGGUGUGGGCACUCUUCAAACCCAACACUAUUGCCUUUACGCCUACGUACAACAACAAGGACGAUGCGCGGUGUUUUAGGGUGGGGACAGCGUACGAGUUAGAAGACUGGUUGACGGGCGUCAAGUCGUGGCGUGUUGAUGGCAAGUACCUCGAGUACGACGGCAAAUCGUUUGGUCUCGGGGAACACGAAGUAUCGGUCUCAGCGUUCAAGGGGCAUAAGAAGAUUACCAGUCUUGCCGCAUAUCCGCUCAAAUAUCACAAGGAUGCCAAGGGUAUCAAGAAGCAGCUGAUUGAGAGGGGCAAGAAAUUCGUCGCGCUCCAGGGCAUGAACUACCAGGUUCAAAAGGGGAUUGCGUAUAUGAAGCACAAGAACAGCAUCGUGCGCUUCAUUAUUAAUGGUCGGGUCAUGAUUGAUCCUGCCAUGUUCCGCCGCAUGAACCCAAACUACCCGCUCUCGUACCUCCGGCCAGAUGAACUAGCUGACAAUGAGGAUGACGAUGACGAUGACGAAGAGUGCUGCUGCGACUCGAGUGAAGAUGGAGACGGUGAAGAAAAGGAAAAGAUGCGCAUCGUCAUGUGGAAAGACAGGAGGGGCAGGAAACACCCUAUCCGAGUGCCACAGAGCGUUGUGGACAAGGAAAUGGGCACCGGCACUGAACAGCCGCUCGACAGGGAUGAUGAUGCAACGGAGGAGCAACGUCAAGUCUUGACCGAAGAAGAGCUCAUCAUCGCAUCACCGGUCGUACUGGGCUUUGCUUUUUCUGAGAAGCUUUGGCUCGAGUUUUCUCUAUCUGGGAUUGAGGAGAUCAAGUGGAAUGAGGAAGCAUUUCCCAGUCUGGUGUUGCCGAUCCAGAUCAAGCAGAAUCUCAAGGGUCUUGUAUCUUCGCAUCGGUUCCACGCAGCCAAGACGAUUGACGAUGUGAUUCAGGGCAAGGGCAAGGGGCUCAAUGUGGUGCUGCAUGGCCCGCCCGGGGUGGGUAAGACACUGACUGGGGAAUCGAUUGCCGAGUAUCUGCAGUGCCCGUUGUACGCAGUGUCUGCAGGGGAGCUGGGGACCAAUAGCCGGGCGUUGGAGGCGGACCUGAACCGCAUCAUGGAGAUUACGCAUGCAUGGGGCGCCAUCCUGCUGCUGGACGAGGCGGACGUGUUUCUAGAGGCGCGACAGCCAAAUGACAUACAUCGCAACUCGCUGGUCUCGGUGUUCCUGCGGCUGACCGAGUACUACCAGGGCAUCCUAUUCCUGACGACGAACCGGGUCGAGACAUUUGACGAGGCGUUCCAGUCGAGAAUUCACAUGGGGAUUCGGUACGAAGAGCUGUCUGCACGUGCCAGGAAAGAGAUCUGGCAGCAGCACGUGGGCAGGGUGGAGAGGAUGAAGGGGAGCCAGGGAAUGAAGGCGUUCACCGAGGCCGACUUUGACGUGCUGAGCCAGAGGGUGCUGAAUGGACGACAGAUCAAGAACACGGUCAAGACAUCGCAGGCGAUUGCGGUGGCAGAGCAGAGUGCGUUUAGCAUGGAGCACGUCAAGCGGGUGUUGGAGGCUGGGGAGGCAUUUGAUGAUGAUAUGCGAGGGGGAAAGGGGUACCGGGAUGCGAUGCUGCAGUACACGUGA